GUGAGGAGGAGGGAAGAGAGAAACAACAGAAAGGAAACCCAGCAGCUCUCACCCCUCCCUUAAUGUCCCACUGCCUCUUACUGGAGGGAGGUGCUCAUCUGGCAGCCUGCACCGCAUCUGAGGAGAAGAAGACAUAUGUGGACAAAUGUGGAUGUUUGGUCAGUCCUAAGAUGUUCUGAGCUGUGGGAUGCUUUUGCAGAGCCGUGUGUGAAAGAGAAAAAGGCUGGACACAGGAGACGGACGCAGGAAUUCCAGGUCACAAGGGCUCCUGUGGUGGAGCUCAGUCCUUAGGAUAUCCCAACCACUCCUUCUCAAGCAUGAAUGGAGGAGUCUGGGAUUAAAUACAUCUAAAGAGGAAAACUUUGCAGUUUGUCUCCAGGGCCGGACAUUUGGCCUGACCUCUCCUCGUGAUGCAACCCCAUGUUGGUGUUGCUUGCUGGCUGCUGGUGUUGUCUACGCUCGGCCAGAACCGCCUGGUGGCUGGAGGUUGUUCGAGGAGGUGCUGUCGGGGAAGAGAUCUGAGCUGUUCAACGACUGAUUGGAGGAUGGAUCGUGUGUACGGGAAGUGCUACUGCGAUGAGGACUGUGUCAAAACCAAGGACUGCUGCUUUGACUACUUCACAGAGUGUCCAGCUCAAGAUUGUGCUGUUAGUGACUGGAGCUUUUGGAGCAGUUGCGCCAAGCCCUGCCAGCCUUCGGUGAGAGUUCGAGUCCGACACAUAGAGCAGCGGCCCAGUAACAGUGGAGAGUCCUGUCCAAGGCUGGAGGAGAGAGCUGGGUGCAGGGAGUACAGAGACCACCGGGACAGCCACUGUGGACGCAACUCAGGACCUGCGUUCAUUAGCAGCAUGGGGUUUGGCAGAGGGAGGCCCAAGCAUGACAGCUAUGGAAAUCCCCUGGACCCUGGGUUUUGUGUGGAAUUCCAGCUGGAGUCACGGACACCACACUGUACGGUGGGGAACCAGCCUCACACACUCUGGAUGCGCUACAUUACAGAAGGUUUUAAAGUGUGUGUAGCCUGUCAACCCCCUGCCUUGCGUAACAAUAGUAACAGCUGCCAAGGAGAUGGCCAGGAAUCAGACAAAGAAGCUGUGCUCCACUGGCAGGCGGUGGGGAACCCUCGGUGCAGAGGGACAUGGAAGAAAGUCCACAGAACUGUCAAGUGCACCUGUCCGACACAACACAGCUUUGUCUUCAUCUGAUCCUCAGCAGAAACACCUAAAAUAGCGUUUGGAUUGGAUGACACCAAACCACAAGGUUUAAAAACUCGAGAUGAUCAGGAUGCGACUCAGAUGUUUCUACUCCACAGAAUUAUUUAGACUAAAACACCAAUUACUGCUAAUGUCAUGCUCAUUUAAAAACACCACAGAAAGCAUUUGAUUGUUUUUAUUACACGUGAAACUCACAGCUGAUUUUGAACAUUUUAUUAAAAUGCACAUUUAUAAAAAAAAAUAAAAAUAAAAAAGUUAAAAUCGUUGCACUUCCUCCCUG